UAUCAAUAAGAUUUUCUCUCUUUCUCUCUCCGGCCACUUCAUCAUCCUCUGUACGAAGCGGUUCUUCAAUCGUAACAAACCCUAAUCAACAGAGGGUUGCUUGCAUCUUCAGAAGUUUUGUGGGUUGAAUAAACUCAACAAGAGACUCCUUCUGUUUUGGACUAAUGUUUUCCUUCAAUUUCACUCUGUAAAGUGUCUCUAGCUUGGAGUGGAUGCUUUACAAUCAUGAAUACGAGUUAGAUUCGUGGUGGGUUUUCAUAAAGUUACACUCUUUUUCUUAAGACCCCGUUAAACAGAAUCUGAUUAAAGGGGGAAAAACAAAAAAAAGAAACUGAAGAAGAAGGUGCUUGUAGCCGAAUCAGAAUGCCAGAGGUUAGGAUCAUUGCAAAGAAUUUCAUGGACAUGGUGGCUUCCAUGCCUGCCAUGAAGCUCGAUAAGCUCUUUGAAAAUGGAUUCAUCUGUGAAGCUAUUCUCAGGUCUCUUCCGCCUCUUGCAAAGAAAUAUGUCUUACAGCUGCUGCAUAUUGAUGUGCCUGUGGCUGCUAAAUUAUUGGAGGAAUGGGUGCUUCCGGAUGGGAUUUCAAAGCACAGAGUAGCCAUUGAUAGGUUGGUUCAAUUAAGAGUUUUCGUUGAAGCUGUUGACAGGAAGAAUGAAAAGACUUACAAAGUUAAUCCAACAUUUCAGAGAAGUCUCCAGAAACUUUUAGUACAUGGUGGGACUUUGCCAAGGGAAUCAAUGCCUUCUAAUAUUACUGUGAGGCUCCCAAACUUAGAGGAUCUUGAAGCUUAUGCUCUAGAACAAUGGGAGUGUUUCUUGUUGCAACUUAUAAGCUCAAGUCAUGUUGAAAAGCCCUUAAAUAUUAGCUCUUCUUUGAUGAAAGUUUUCCAGCGGCGUCUCCUGAGUCAAAGAGACAAAGAAGCUCCAAAAUUAACUGAAAGUGGUUUCCAGUUUUUGCUGAUGGAUACAAAUGCACAGCUUUGGUACAUCAUCAGAGAAUAUAUCUCUAAUUCUGAGGAAAGAGGUGUUGAUGCAGCUGACUUGAUCUCAUUCAUGCUGGAGCUUAGUUUUCAUGUCAUCGGGGAGGCAUAUAAUAUAAACACGUUGACUGAUUUUCAGAGGAACAUAAUUAAGGACCUAGCAGACCUUGGACUGGUCAAACUUCAACAGGGAAGGAAAGAAAGUUGGUUCAUACCAACGAAAUUGGCAACCAAUCUUUCAGUGAGCUUGUCUGAUUUAUCAUCUAGAAAACAGGGAUUUGUGGUUGUGGAAACAAAUUUUAGAGUUUAUGCUUACUCAUCUUCAAAAUUACAUUGUGAGAUAUUGCGGCUGUUCUCAAGGAUAGAGUAUACACUUCCAAAUCUUAUUGUUGGAGCUAUUACAAAAGAAAGCUUGUAUAACGCUUUUGAAAAUGGCAUUACAGCAGAUCAGAUAAUCAGUUUUCUUCAGCAGAAUGCUCAUGCUCGAGUUGCAGAGAGGAUACCAUCUGUGCCUGAAAAUGUCACAGAUCAGAUUAGACUGUGGGAAUCAGAUCUAAACAGAGUUGAGAUGACAGAAGCAUAUUAUUACGACGAGUUUCCUUCCAGGGAAGUAUUUGAAGCUGCAUGUGACUGUGCCAGAGAGUGGAAUGGUUUGUUAUGGGAAGACUCAAAGAAGAUGCAUAUGGUGGUCAAGACUGAGGUACAUACGUAUGUACGAGAUUAUUUACGCCGCCAAAAGUAGUACUAGGAAAGCCAUCACCGUCUCAUGCAUCCUGGUCCUGCCAAUAAUUCAGCCACAUCUCCUAUUCUUUUUGUUUCAUGUUUUUCCCUUUUAGGAAUUUUUUUAAUAAAAAAUGAAUGAUUUUCGCCUUCAAGGUAUCUAACUAGUUUUGACUUUAUUCUUCUUCUUCCCUUCAAAUCUUU